AAAAAAAAGUGGGUUAGCCAUAAUUUGUGGAAAUCACAGGCAACUUUUGUUUUACUGCAGACACUGAAAAGUAAAAUUGCUGUAACCAUAUUCUGAGGAAUAGAAGAGGUGGCUAUAUAAUGAUUAAUCUGCUGUGUGCUUCCAGUUUUUAUUGGAUUGGCUGACAACUUAAAAAAAUUGGAAUAUACAGUAAUUUAUGGGUUGAAGUGAUAUAGAAUGGGGUGUUACAUCAUGUAUAAUAUAUAUUUAAAUGACAGACAGCUGACACAUUGGACACCUUCCUAAGGAUUAUAGAAGAAAUUUCAAUGGUGUUCAUAACACCAGAGAAGUUUUCAGUUUUGUGACACCCUGCACUGAAUUUACCUACAGGUGUUUUGAAUCUUUCACAAAUAUUUGUAAAAGUAAAAUUAUGCUAACACCAUUCAUGGAGUACAUGCUGUUUUUGUAUACACAAAAAAAUUAUUAAUACCAGCUGCUGGAAAAACCAUGGAGGAAAGGAGAAGUUUGAUGUGAAUUGUUUUAUGAUUUUUUUUUGUUUCUACCUGACUGUCUUCUACUUAAUUUGAUGGUUUAAGUUUUCUUGCUGUGCAGUGUAGAAUUAAAUGAUUUUUCAUGUUACAUGCAUAAAUUCACAAACAAAACAUUAAUAAAUAUAAAGGAAUAUCCAGAGUUGAUUCAAAGCAUAGGACACCAUUGGGUCCAUUAUCACCACUCUAAUCACUUGACUGGGUUAUUCACUUACACCCAUGCACUGACACUGUUCACAACCCAUUUUAAGUUAUUCUUUCUCAAAUAUGUAUCAACUUUACAUUUUACAUCAUGCUUAUCCUUAAGUUUUCAAAGUAAAUUUAUUACCAAAGUACAUGCAUAUAUGUUACCAUAUACCACCUUGACAUUCAUUUUCUUGCAGGCGUUUACAGGAAAAUAAAGAAAUCCAAUAGAAUUUAUGGAAAAACCAUACAUAAAUAAAGACUGGCUACCAAUGUGUAAAGGAAGGCAAAUUAUAUCUGCAAAAUAUUUGAAGUUACUAGAUAAUAUAAUUCAACAAACCACCUCCUUCCCUCUUUAUCAGCUGUUACCCAUCUCUGUCCUUGGGUUACAGAAGGUGAUGAAUGUAAAUGGGCUCUUUGCAAUUUACUUUAUCCAUUUUGAACACCUUAUCCAGAUCUCAUUAAUGACCUUUGAUUGAUCUACAGGAGCCCGGUUUCUUUAAUCAGCUCUUAUUCCAGGUUCAGCUUACAUAUAAGAACAUAAUAGAUAGAAGCAGCUGCAGGCCAUUCAGCCCUCAAGUCAGCGCUGUCAUUCAACAAGGUCAUGGGUAAUCUUUUACCUUAGCCCCACUUUCGUGCACUAAUGCCCUGUUUGAAAAUUUGUUGAUCUGGGGAAUGAAUAGACUUGAGUGACCAAGUUUCCAGUCCUCUGGGAUACAGAAUUCCAUGUACUGUAUUCAACACAGUUUAAGUGAAGAAAUCUUCCCUCUUCUUAGUGCAGAAUAGUUGACUCCUAAUCUUGAGGGUUCUAGAAUAGUGGAGGCACCCAAGACAGGACACAAUAUUCACAAGUUUUUUACAUGUCAUUUAAUAUAUAAUUGUCGGGAAAACUAAUUUAACCCAGACAAAUAUAAAGGUAAUAAGGGAUUAGAAUGUAUAUUUGAUGUGGAUCAUGGGAGAAAAGUUAGACAUUAUGUUAAGUAACAUAUGUUUUAUUUACUGUUACAGUGACGAGAAAGUAGUUGUAAAUUUGGACGUUCUUGACAAAGAAGAAAUCAAAAACAAAAACAAAUGACAAGCGAUGAGCCUGCAGUGACAAAGUGAAUAUUGUAUGUCCAAAAUUAAAGGAAAAAGUAGCUUUAGAAAGGUAAUCAAGAGAACAAUCCGUAAAUGUAAGCAAAAGACACAAAUGCUACGAUAUAUGUUUUCAAUAGUUGAACUAUUUGCAAGAGGUUGUUAAAGUGACUCAGUUUAAUGGAACUGGCAUACAUUUUGCAUUCGCCAAAUACUUGAAGGAAUUUGUUUAUCCGUAUCUCGAAAACCUCAGUUUCUGAAGCACUUUGAAAAUUGCAAACGGUAUGAACCUAAUUAUUACCACUUGCCUCGGUGUCUUGGUGGGCAUCCUGAAGACCGAUGGAUUCAAACUGUGCCCGCACCGUUGCUCCUGCGAUGAUUUUUCCCAUUUCGUGGACUGUAAAAGGCGUUCCCUGACUUCCAUCCCGAGGGAUAUCCCACACGGCACAUGGAUGCUAGACAUUAGAUACAACAACCUGGCUGAGAUUCCCCGAGGUUCCUUCAGCGGACUGUGGUCCACGCGGGUAGUCCUGUUGGCUCGCAACCGAAUCAAUCGCAUCCAUUCUGGAGCCUUCGAGUCCCUGAAUUUUCUGGAAAGCCUAGAUCUGGAUCAAAAUCGUAUAAAGUUUCUACCCGGGGAUCUUUCUAAUAGCCUGCAGCACUUGAUAGAACUGAGACUGUCGAAUAACCAUGUUGAAUACAUACACGGCGACAGCAUGCGGAAUUUGGAAAGCCUGCAGAAGUUGGACCUGAGCGGCAAUUUGAUCACGUCCAUGGAAAGCGGGGUUUUCAGAGGUCUGCUCAAACUCCGGACUCUGUUCCUGAAAAACAACAGGCUGGUCGUCAUUGAAAACGGAUACUUCCUCAUGCUACAAAGUCUGGAAGUUCUUCACUUGGAGAAUAACAACAUUUCAACCAUCCAGGGAGAAGCGUUCGGCUCUCUGCGGAGCUUGAAUCUCCUGUGUUUGAAUGGAAAUCGUUUGAAUCACAUCAACUUCAAAACGUUUCUGAACAUUCAGACUCAAGGAACCCACCUGCAGCUCGCUCGUAAUCAUUGGACGUGUGACUGCGAUCUCCAGAGAGUGUUUGGGAAGAUCGUCAGUGUUCGGCAUCUGCAUGUAGACGAUUACAGCAACAUCACGUGUUCAGCUCCCGGACACCUCCUGGGAUAUCCACUGGUAGCAGUGGAUUCGCAGCUGUGCGUGGCCGAGACUGCCACCGUCUUGGUGAUAACUGGCACGGUGCUGGUCACUGUCAUCGCCGCCAUGGUUAUGGCCGAAAGGAACCGGAAGAAAGCCGGGAACAAGAGUUGGAACGACAGCGACGGGCCCUUUGACUCUCAGGAGAAAUGACGCUUUGCUGAAGAACUGUGUUGAGAUCAAUGGUGUCAGUUUCCGCUGAGAUACCAGCUAACACGAUCCAUGAAUAUUGGCGAGACUUGGAAAUAUCCCAACUGUAGUUCGAUCCAAGCAGACGGAGAGUGCUCGGAGUGAAUCGGUGAUGUAAGGGACAGGAAGAAUAUGAGACGGCAGAUCAGUGAAGUCAUGUCUAUAUGUAUAUCUGUAAUGCAAAAGUAUCAUGGAACGGUUAUAUUGAUUAGUGCUACUUAAAUCAAAGUGGAAGUGAAUGCUCUUGAAUUACUCUAGCUUUGAAUUGCUCGAUGAACAGGUAAAACUGAGCGUUUUGCAUAGAGAAUUCUUUGUUCCGCGCGAUCCACUGGCUACUGCAUUCCUAAAGAAUUCAACAGCAUGUCAAGCUCACUAGUAUAUUAACAAGUCGGCUCGCUGCUUUCUUAAAAUGUUAUAAACGAAGUUCAGUUUUGAAACUCUAGAUGUUUUCUGAGCUUUUAUAGCUACAUCACAGUAACUUUCUUAAACCGUUACAAGCACUGAUACUGGAGCCAUCAUUACCUGGCAAAAUGGCGCUUACAUGCAGUAUGCGAAAAUGAACUGCUUUGUGUUACUGUUCAUUUUGGUGAAAAGUUAAACUGAAGUGUGUCCUUUUAAAAUUAAUAUUAAUUAUUAGCUGUUUCAUCAACCUUAACCGUCAACAGGGGCUUUUUAAAAAUAAUAAUAUUUUAAAAUUUGUUCCUUGCAUGCUGGAAAUUAUAACUACUGUACUGUAUUUCGUUUGCAUUUUAU